CUGACUUUUCACUAGGAAGUUAAAACGGACGCAAACCUAAGUAUGCUUUCAUGACAUUUUAAAUGUAUCCUGUAUGGAGUAAUGAUUGAAUAAAUUUGAUUUGAUUUAAUUUUAAUAAAAACCGGGAAUAUUUUGAUAAUUUGGAUGUAGUUAUGGAGUUAAACAAUCAUUACGGGGAUUCAGACACAGCAAAAGAAAUUUAUACUGAGCUUGCGUCGGGAAAUAAUAGGACUGAGCAAGGCAGAAUUUACGAUACUCUUCGACAUGGUACAGGGGAGCUUGCAGAUAAUACUACAUCUUCAGCCAAGAAGUGUACACCACUUUUGUUAUGGUGUACCCUCGUUAAUUCAAUUUUAAUUGGACUGUUGAUUAUCGCAGUAUCUGUUUCUUUAUACAUGAGUACAAACGUUUCAAAGGCUUCAAAUAGUAAUGGAGAGGAUAUGCAGAAACUGGUGACAACUCUAAGCCAAAAAAUUGAGAAGCUUGAACACGCACAGGGACAGACUCAGACAGAAACGCUCCAAAAUACGAACAUAUUAAAUGAAACAAGAGAGGUUCUGCAGAAUAUGGGGACAACUCUAAGCCAAAAAAUUGAUAAGCUUGAACACGCACAGGGACAUAUUCAGACAGAAGUUCUCCAAAAUUUGACGAACAAAUUAAAUGAAACAAACGUCUCGGUCGGAUUUGCUGUAGAUAACCCAGAUACGUCCUCCGGUUCUCCCCUUACGUUCACAUACGUAAUAUACAAUACAGGCGACGACUAUAAUGUGUCCUCAGGUGUGUUCACUUGUAGACAUCCAGGACUCUACUUCUUCACAACAACUCUUAUCAGAAAAUCGGGUGCUGAUAACUUCGUAUGUGGUUUUUAUGUCAACGGCAAUCGCAAGUCAAUAGUGUACAGUGGUUCUGGUGUCAAUGAUGGAUAUCAGUCAGGAUCAGCAUCACUUGUUUAUCGUUUAAAAGCAGGAGAUAUUGUUAUGCUAUCGGAAUGCCUUGGACAAGACCAAAUGACAUUUUUUUCUACUUUCACUGGAUUUCGUGUUUCAUAUUAAUUGACCAAUCACAGUCAGUUAAUAACAUAAAAGUAUAAGAUUUAUAAGAUUAAUUUACACUUUUUCAAAAGGCGUUUAAAACUGUAUAUUAUUAAACUUUAUUAUUCAGAUUUACAUAAAUACUAAAAAAAAAGAAACAAAAAAAUACAAAAGUUUACCAUCUUGUUAACAACUUUUGUAUCGGUUUUAUACAACAACAACAACAACAAUUUUGUUUUCAUUUUCUGUAGAAAAAGUUUCACUUAUUUCAUAUUUUCCUUAUUUGAAAAGUGAUUAUACAGAACUAUACAUGUAUUUUUUAAUAACUUGAAAAAUAAAUUAAUGUAAAAUCUAUAUGAAAAUAUUUUUGUUUUGUUUAUUGAGACAGGUACCUUUCAUUUUACAUCAAAUAAGAAGAGGAUGGAGUGAAAAAAUCCCGUUAGAUUUUGUACAAUGUAAUCGGGCAUCAAAAUAUGUUUAAUAAUAAUUAUCUAGAAACUAUUAUUAAUUUGUUUUGCUAUCAAAUUUCACACAUUUCACAGUUAAUAGUAUACAUUUGUUAUUAUAUGCCCUAUCUAUUCAGAUUUACGUAAAAAAAUGUAUAUAAGAUUUUAGAAUUGUUACAAACAGAAAAUAAGACAGCUCUUUAUUAAUUAGGGUUAUACUGUAAAAACGCAAUGUCUAUAAGAAAUUCGAUAAUUUAUAUUACGGAUUAGUGUAAAAUUGUCUUGAAAUAUUGAACGUGCUAUUUAUUAUAUGCCUGUUAGUGUUUAUAUGGUUGCUUUGGUCAACCAGACUGUGUUAGUUUGUAUAUAUGUAUGUUUAUAGUUUGAUGUUGUAAAUAAGAUGUUAUUUAUUAUAAGCCUAAUAGUGUUUAUAUGGAUGUUUCUGGUCAACCGUACAGUUCUAAUUUAAUAGAUGAUUAGUUAUAUUUAGUUAUGAAAAUAUAUUAUAAUUAAGCAAAACAUUGUUGAAAAGGUAGCAAACUUUAUAUGGAUGUUUCUGGUCAACUGUACAAUUCUAAUUAAAUAGAUUAUUAGUUAUAUCUAGUUAUGAAAAUAUCUUAUAAUUAGCCAAAACAUUGUUGAAUAUAGUGCAAUGAGCGUUUUAUGACUCGAAAUAUACAAUAUGGACAAAACCACAUUAAUUAACUCCCGUGCGAAAUCUAACAUAUUAUAUAAAGUUAGCUAUCGGUGUCUAUUAACGUAUGUAUAGACAACUUUUAUUGCUAGUUACACAUUCGGUACGAUACUACUAUAAUAUUAUAUAUGUUUGUAAAAAUGGAAAUAUUACUCCUGUGCUCAGUUAAGAAUUGUAUUAAGUAUAUUACUUUGUCUUAUGACUCAAUUUAGUCGUAAGGCUUUUUCUUAAAUUACAACUUUGCAAUCGAAAUAUUUUUUGGAAUAGCCAAUUGUUAACCUUCCCUUUCGUUUCGUGUAAGGUUAACUGUAGUUUUGGAGUUCUAUUCCCUUUCAAUAUAGUAUAGUGUGAUACUAUAGUUGGUAAUUUAAAUCGAAAUAUUACGCUAUACUACUGAUACAGAAGUGUAACCUUAUCAUAGAUGUAAUACGUUAUAUAACUCGUAAUAUACAAUAUGGACAAGACUACAUUAAUUAGCUCCCUUGCGAAAUCUAAUAUAGUAUAUAUAGUUAGAUAUCGGUGUUUAUUACGUAUGUAUAGAUAACUUUAUUGCAAGUGACACAAUAAUGUAUGUGAAAUUCACGCUAUCUUUGUCAACAUGUUCGUUACUCAAUAUUUAACUAUGUAAUAUAUGUUAAACUGAUUAUGUCAAAUCCUAUACUGAAGGAAACAAAAUAGAUUAAACUGUUCACCUUCAAGAAAUUUGCAGACUAUCCAUUGAUUUUGUGAUUGUAUAUAUGUAUGUAUGAAUGUAUUAUGUAAUUGACUAUGUACUUUGUAUACGUCAAAAUAAACUUUCUGUUCUGUUCUGUUCAUAAAA